UUUAUUUACAUCGGCUUUUGCAGAAUCCACAUAAUCCACGUGGAUUGAAGUAUAUGUUAAAAUUAAUUACAUUAAAUUGAUUUAGAGAAGACAUGACAACACGUGCGUGAUUGUAUUGAUUGCAUAAUGCUGAGUAAAAGGCUAUUGGUAAUAAUGUGACACAAUAUGUCAAGGUUAUGUGAUUGAAAGCAUGCGGUAAGACACGACAAGCUGUAAAAUAUACAAUUAUAUGUAAACACAGCUUUGGGGGAAAAAAUAGAAGACCACUACAAACUGAUCAGUUCCUCUGGAUUUACUAUUUAUAGGUAUGUGUUUGAGUAAAAUUAACAUUUUUGUUUUAUUCUAUUAAGUACUGACAACAUUUCUCCCAAAUUCCAAAUAAAAAUAUUGUAAUUUAGAGCAUUUAUUUGCAGAAAAUAACAACUGGUCAAAAUAACAAAAAAAUGCAGUGUUUUCAGACCUCGAAUAAUGCAAAGAAAACAAGUUCAUAUUAAUUUUUAAACAGCACUAUACUAAUGUUUUAACUUAGGCAGAGUUCAGAAAUCAAUAUUUGGUUGAAUAACCCUGAUUUUCAGUAACAUGCGUCUAAUGUUGUGACUGAUCGGUGUGUAUAUUUUUUCCACACCUCCUGUCACCUGUGGGACCCUCCAUUACUAUAGCAACAUUAAAGUGUCAACAUUAAAGGGUCCGACAUGACAACCGAGAUUACGUCACGUCUCCUAGCAACUCCAAAAUAAACUCGUUGUCGUUGUCGAAGGGAGGAUUAAUCAGAUCAAACGCGACCUUUGUUUUGACGUAAAGCACUUUAAGUAAAAAUACGACAGUAAAAAAGUUUCUUUAGCGCUUAUAAGCGGAACCAGAUAUCGAGAGUGCAGCGAUCCUCCCGGAAGUGUUUAACGCAGAAUAAACACAGUGCAUGGUGUGAAAUUACUUCAAAGAAAUCUGUCGGAUUAUGUUCAAAAAUACCUUCCAGAGUGGAUUUCUGUCCAUUCUCUACAGCAUCGGUAGUAAACCUCUUCAGAUAUGGGACAAAAAGGUCAGAAAUGGACACAUAAAACGCAUCACAGACAAUGACAUUCAGUCUUUAGUGCUUGAAGUGGAGGGGACCAAUGUGAGCACCACAUACAUCACAUGUCCAGCCGACCCAAAGAAGACCCUCGGCAUCAAACUCCCGUUCCUCGUCAUGAUCAUCAAGAAUCUCAAGAAGUAUUUCACAUUCGAAGUUCAGGUUCUGGAUGAUAAGAAUGUCCGACGGCGAUUUCGGGCGAGUAACUAUCAGAGCACGACACGUGUGAAGCCCUUCAUCUGUACGAUGCCCAUGAGACUGGACGACGGCUGGAAUCAGAUCCAGUUCAACCUGUCAGAUUUUACGCGGAGAGCGUACGGCACCAAUUACAUCGAGACUCUGCGAGUGCAGAUUCAUGCAAACUGUCGCAUAAGAAGAGUUUACUUCUCUGACCGGCUGUACUCGGAGGACGAGCUCCCGGCUGAAUUUAAACUCUAUUUACCAGUACAAAACAAAGCAAAGCAGUGACACGAUGGAUUCCUCGCCACCCACACCCCCC